AUGUGGGCUUGCAACAUAGACGAGCACGUGGCAUUGUACCGUCCAAUCCCUGAAGAGAAGAAUCUCCCUCCCCUUACACUGAUCGGAAAUCACUCACUUCCGCAAAUCGGUUCCUUCGAACAGUUCAAAGAGACGAUUUGGGAGAAGGGUUUCAAUAUCAAGAGCGUCCAAUCCCAAGGAUUCAAAUUAAAUGUAUGGGAUAUCGGUGGUCAGAGAAAGAUCAGACCCUACUGGAGAAACUACUUUGAGAACACAGAUGUACUGAUUUACGUUAUUGAUAGUGCAGACCGCAAAAGAUUUGAGGAAACGGGACAGGAGCUGGCUGAGUUACUUGAUGAAGAAAAGCUCAGCGGUGUCCCGGUCCUGGUGUUUGCAAAUAAGCAGGACCUGCUCACGGCAGCCCCUGCGUCCGAGAUAGCCGAGGGUUUGAAUUUGCACACUAUCAGAGACCGAGUGUGGCAGAUCCAGUCCUGUUCUGCCCUCACAGGAGAAGGAGUCCAGGAUGGCAUGAACUGGGUCUGCAAGAGUGUGAACGCUAAGAGGAAAUAGAGUUGUUUUCUCCUACCCUGGCUUUCACGCAGGAGGGAAUAUAACUAUGACUUUGAAAAAACUGUCAGUAGGUAUAGGAAAUGAAGGCAUCCCUUCAAAACUAUUUAAAUUCACUUUUGCCUCUCCUUUUGGGCCUACUUUGGUCCUGUAUCCAUACAAUGAGUUCAAGUUAACAGUAUCCUUUCACUAGUCUCUUAAGCUCAAAAUUAAAAAUGUACGUCCAUGUGAUUUCACAUUUGUUUGUUCACUUGUUUUCUUUAGUACAUUUCAAAACUUAAUUAAUUCUGCCUUCAUUUCUUGAGAUGAAUGACUUGUAUUUUUAUAUUGAAUGUUAUAGUUAUUUAGAGGAUUUUGUAACUGAGACAUUUAAAGAGUGACAGCCUUCAUCAUUCAGUUCAACCGUUGUCCUUCCAUACUGGCAUUGUUCACUGAAAUAACACUCUUGUUACUCCAUCUAAGGUCAUAUUUUUGUAAUUUUUCCGGAGAGUAACAGAGAUAUGAAUCACGGUACCCAAAUGCAACAUACAAGAAACAUCAGUAUAUA